AUGAGCUUAACGCCUCGCGACGACGACGACGAGCCUGUCCAUGGCUUCAUCAAUCCAUAUCCAGAGCUCAACGCUGGUCUGUGGUGUUUAUUCCUCGGUGCGACAGCCUUCCUGGCUUUGAGGUUAUGGGUAAAGAUAACUCGACGGCAUGGCAUGUGGUAUGACGACUACAUACUCAUUGUUUCAUGGGCUGUCCUCCUCGCAACCGACUCCCUCAUCGUCUACCAAUUCGGCAACGGCUACGUCCUCGAAAACUCCAAGCAACAAUGGGACGACCGCAUGCACAUCCUCAUCAACAUCUCAUCAUGUGGCAACCUGAUCGGCCAAGCAUGGACAAAGACGGCCUUUGGCGUGACGCUCCUUCGAAUGAGCAACCGGUGGCAACAAGGAAUACUCUGGUUCUGCAUCGUCACCAUGAACAUCUGGAUGAUCUUGAAGGUCAUCUUUCAGUGGGCCAAGGUGUGCGACAAGGACAGCUAUCAGAACUGGUACCGGCUCGACUUUUGCAUCGGGUGGAAGUUUCGGGAUAGUUUCAAAGAGGGAGGAAAUGUUUACAACAUCAUUAUGGACUUUGUUUUUGCUUCUUUUCCUUGGUUAAUCACACGUUCAUUAGAAAUGCGGAGGGCGGAAAAGGUUGGACUCUGUCUCACUAUGAGUCUGGGAAUGAUUGUUGCGAUUGUUGCGGCUAUUCGCGUUGGAUGGAAGGAUCAAGGAAACGACCGUGACUCGCAUUACAUGUGGCGCAACGGCAUGUCCCAAAUCUGGUACUCAUCCGAGGUUGCCGGAACAAUCAUCGUCCAAUGCAUCCCCAUCCUACGACCAAUCCUCCGCGACAUCCACACAUCCCUCACAUCAAGAAGGCUCGACUCAACAGCAGAUGGCGGGAAAAGCACCGGCUGGACACAAUCCCGAAGCACAAAGCACAUCUCAGCCCCCCUACCCCUAGCCGAAGAACGAGCCGCCGGAAACCCCGAACGAGUAGAGCUGAGAGACAUACCCGAAGAGCAAGAAACAGGAGGCUUCCAAUUCUGGGAUAAAAACCCAGCACCGGAAAUAACACCAGUAGCCAACGUCAUGUCACCAACAUCACCACAGUCCGACAACUGGCCAUUAGGUAGAGGAAGCGAGAGUGUAAGAAGUAUGGAGUAUGGGCAUGAGAGGAGGUCUCAUUCGAGUAUCGGAUUGGCGGUAGAUCAGGAGCAACAGGGGUUAUCACCACCACCGCGGAGAAAAUGA